AUGGCAUUUAAAGUAGUUCUUUGUGUUUUUACCAUCUUGGGUCAGUCUUUUGCUGGUCCAACUCGCAAGACAAGUUCUCAAGACUUCAGCCGACCAGUGUACAGUAGUGAUGGCAUUGCUAUUUCCGAAAUUGAUAGUUACCAGCCCAGGAAUAAACCUAUUCCCGUCAGCUUUUCCGAUGACCAAUCAAGCUACAAACCUAUUUCCCGCAAGGUUGAAAUAAAAACUUAUCAACCCAGUAACAAACCUGUUUAUAUCAGCACAUCCGAAAAAGAAAGCUAUAAAUCCAGCUCCAAACCUCGUGUCAGUGUUUCCGAAAAAGACCACCAGUCCAGCUAUAAACCUGUUUCAGUUAGCUCUUACGAAAAAGACAGCUACCAGUACGACCAACCUAUUUCUGUUAUUGAAGUGCCUAAUAACGGAGGGAUUUUUCUCGUAACUAGCGUCGGUCCGAUCGCGCCGUCCGGCAUCGGUGUUGCGUCCGACUUGAGUCUCGGCGGUGAGCUGGAGGUUUCCGGCGUCAUGCCGUAUUUGGGUGCCGUGGCGUUCGAAGGACAGUUUGACGCCAAAAGCGCGGCGGCUGUGGAGUAUGGGUGUGGCGACUGUGUGGCUAUCACGGAAGAAACAAGAGGAAACCCUGGUUUUAGCCCUCUUGUCAGUGGUAAAUACUGAUUCCUUUAUUCAUACAACUCGAAAUAGC